ACUUCGCGCGAAUGCGGAUUGGCCAAUUUGAAUCAUGCCAAUGCGGAGGGACUCCCAGAUGUCUGUCGCCUGCCCAAAGUGGUCGGUCCCUGUGAAGCUGUGUUUCCUCGCUGGUUCUUCAACUGGGAGACCCAGAAAUGUGAAGGAUUCAACUAUGGAGGGUGUGGAGGGAAUGAGAACAACUUCAAGACUCUGGAAGAGUGCACACUUGCAUGCGGACAUCAUGGGUUUUACUUUGAAGCUAUUGUUGGCAAAUGUCCCAAGCCUCAAGGCGCUGGUCUCUGUGUGGAAAACUGUGGAAGCAAUGAUGUUUGUGGUCCGGGGAAGAAGUGCUGUAGCAACGGCUGUGGUCACCAGUGCAUUAAGGUCACUGGAGGUAGGAGAAGAAGACCAGAGAGAAGCCGCCAAGGACCCAUUUCAGACCAGAGCCCUCAAUGGAAUCAGUGUGGGAAGGCUGAUGGGUUUGGGGAGGAGCAGCAGUCCUAUGGGGCUAACCCUCCAUCGUCCCUGGGGCCAUCCAUGCCUUUGGAAGCAGGAGUGGCAGGAAGGCAUAAGACAGAUUGCUGGGUGGGAAAUAAGGAGAAGAGGGAACUGGGAUGGAGUAGGGAGAGCUGUUGCCUUCAUAGGGGUAUUGCUUUUGAAAGAUGCCCCUUGGGCAGGGUGGCCAGACGUUCUCCUUUUCCAGGACAUGUCCAACAUUUCAAGCUUCUGUCCAGGAGGAAUUCCAAAAUGUCCUCCAUUCUGAACAUGACUAAGAAGCAUGAAUUCACAUUCAUACGAGUGUUUCGAGCUGUUACUUGGUAAUGCCCUACAUUUUUCUUGAAUGUCCUAUAUGUUGCAGUGGCUAGGACAUCUGGUCUCCCUGCCCCAGCAAACAGGAGAGCAAAGUGGCAGGGAUCCGUA